GGGCUAGUCUCUGCCCUAAUGCGGCGGCUGGCAGCGAGAGGUGCUGCAGGGGACGCGAGGGAAGUGGCGGCGCCGGGAGCGGACAACUGGGACUGCGCCCGGGGCUGGAGCCGGAGCUCCUCGAGGUUGACUGACUUAUGUGCGCUUUGGCAGCCUGGAGUUUUCUUGCCCUCUGCCGACGGGAGCAGAGCCUCUGCUGGUGUUGGGAAAAGCAGGCCGAAUGAGGCAGAGAAGCUGAGCACUGUCUGGAAAGCCCACAUAGAGCGGCACAAGGCAUCGGGAGCCCGUGGGCUGGGCAGCAGGGAGCAGGGCCUGGUGCUGAGGAUGGCCAGGCAGCAGGCGCCACCCUGGGUCCACAUAGCCCUCGUCCUCUUCCUCGUCAGCCUCGGAGGGGCCAUCGAGAUUCCGAUGGACCCAAGCAUUCAGAAUGAGCUGACCCAACCCCCAACUAUCACCAAGCAGUCGGUGAAGGACCACAUCGUGGACCCUCGAGAUAACAUCCUGAUUGAAUGUGAAGCUAAAGGCAACCCCGCCCCCAGUUUUCACUGGACUCGCAACAGCAGAUUCUUCAACAUUGCCAAGGACCCACGGGUGUCCAUGAGGAGGAGAUCUGGGACCUUGGUGAUCGACUUCCGCAGUGGUGGGCGGCCUGAGGAAUACGAAGGGGAGUACCAGUGCUUUGCCCGGAACAAAUUUGGCACUGCGCUUAGCAACCGCAUCCGCCUGCAGGUGUCCAAAUCUCCCCUGUGGCCCAAGGAAAACCUAGACCCCGUCGUGGUUCAAGAGGGUGCCCCCUUGACACUACAGUGCAACCCCCCACCUGGCCUCCCGUCCCCCGUCAUCUUCUGGAUGAGCAGCUCCAUGGAGCCCAUCACCCAGGACAAGCGUGUCUCCCAGGGUCAUAACGGGGACCUGUACUUCUCCAACGUCAUGCUGCAGGACAUGCAGACCGACUACAGCUGCAACGCGCGCUUCCACUUCACCCACACCAUUCAGCAGAAGAAUCCUUUCACCCUCAAGGUCCUCACCACCCGAGGAGUUGCAGAAAGAACGCCCAGCUUCAUGUAUCCCCAGGGCACAUCGAGCAGUCAGAUGGUUCUACGUGGCAUGGACCUGCUGCUGGAAUGCAUUGCCUCUGGCGUCCCAACACCAGACAUUGCAUGGUACAAGAAAGGUGGGGACCUCCCAUCUAACAAGGCCAAGUUCGAGAACUUUAACAAGGCUCUGCGCAUCACCAAUGUCUCCGAAGAGGACUCUGGGGAGUAUUUCUGCCUGGCCUCCAACAAGAUGGGCAGCAUCCGGCACACGAUCUCGGUGAGAGUAAAGGCUGCUCCAUACUGGCUGGAUGAGCCCAAGAACCUGAUCCUGGCUCCUGGGGAAGAUGGGAGGCUGGUAUGCCGAGCCAAUGGGAACCCAAAGCCGACCGUGCAGUGGAUGGUGAAUGGAGAGCCUUUGCAAUCGGCACCACCCAAUCCCAACCGUGAGGUGGCCGGAGACACUAUCAUCUUCCGGGAUACUCAGAUCAGCAGCAGGGCAGUGUACCAAUGUAACACAUCCAAUGAACAUGGCUACCUGCUGGCCAAUGCCUUCGUCAGCGUGUUAGAUGUACCCCCUCGGAUGCUGUCUCCCCGAAACCAGCUCAUCAGGGUAAUCCUUUACAACCGCACACGGCUGGACUGUCCGUUCUUUGGGUCUCCCAUCCCAACGCUUCGAUGGUUUAAGAAUGGGCAAGGAAGCAACCUGGAUGGCGGUAACUACCACGUCUACGAAAACGGCAGUCUAGAAAUCAAGAUGAUUCGCAAAGAGGACCAAGGCAUCUACACCUGUGUGGCCACCAACAUCCUGGGCAAAGCUGAAAAUCAAGUCCGCCUGGAGGUCAAAGACCCCACCAGGAUCUACAGGAUGCCCGAGGACCAGGUGGCCAAGAGGGGCACCACAGUGCAGCUGGAGUGCCGCGUGAAACAUGACCCCUCCUUGAAGCUCACAGUCUCCUGGCUGAAGGACGACGAGCCACUCUACAUUGGAAACAGGAUGAAGAAGGAAGACGACUCCCUGACGAUCUUCGGAGUGGCAGAGCGGGACCAGGGCAGUUACACGUGCAUGGCCAGCACCGAGCUGGACCAGGACCUGGCAAAGGCCUACCUCACUGUUCUAGCUGAUCAGGCCACUCCAACUAACCGUUUGGCUGCCCUGCCCAAAGGGCGACCAGACCGACCCAGGGACCUGGAGCUCACUGACCUGGCUGAGAGGAGUGUGAGGCUGACCUGGAUCCCAGGGGAUGACAACAACAGCCCUAUCACAGACUACGUCGUUCAGUUUGAAGAGGACCAGUUCCAACCAGGGGUGUGGCAUGACCACUCCAGGUUCCCAGGCAGCGUCAACUCAGCCGUCCUCCAUCUGUCCCCGUAUGUCAACUACCAAUUCCGAGUCAUCGCUGUCAACGAGGUGGGGAGCAGCCAUCCCAGCCUUCCAUCCGAGCGGUACCGAACCAGCGGGGCACCCCCUGAAUCUAAUCCCAGUGAUGUGAAGGGUGAAGGGACAAGAAAGAACAAUAUGGAGAUCACGUGGACGCCUAUGAAUGCUACCUCUGCCUUUGGCCCCAACCUACGCUACAUUGUCAAGUGGCGACGGAGAGAGACCCGAGAGACUUGGAACAAUGUCACGGUGUGGGGCUCUCGCUACGUGGUGGGGCAGACGCCUGUCUACGUACCCUAUGAGAUCCGAGUCCAGGCUGAAAAUGACUUUGGGAAAGGCCCUGAGCCUGACACCGUCAUUGGAUACUCCGGAGAAGAUUAUCCCAGGGCUGCGCCCACUGAAGUUAAAAUCCGAGUCCUGAACAGCACAGCCAUCAGCCUUCAGUGGAACCGAGUCUACUCUGACACGGUCCAGGGCCAGCUCAGAGAGUAUCGAGCUUACUACUGGAGGGAAAGCAGUUUGCUGAAGAACCUGUGGGUGUCUCAGAAGAGACAGCAGGCCAGCUUCCCUGGUGACCGUCCCCGGGGCGUGGUGGCCCGCCUGUUCCCCUACAGUAACUACAAGCUGGAGAUGGUGGUGGUCAAUGGGAGAGGUGACGGGCCUCGAAGUGAAACCAAGGAAUUCACCACCCCGGAAGGAGUACCCAGUGCCCCUAGGCGGUUCAGAGUCCGACAGCCCAACCUGGAGACCAUCAACCUGGAGUGGGACCACCCAGAGCAUCCCAACGGAAUCCUGAUUGGAUACAUCCUCAGAUACGUGCCCUUUAAUGGAACCAAACUGGGAAAGCAGGUGGUGGAAAACUUCUCUCCCAAUCAGACCAAGUUCUCUGUGCAGAGAGCAGACCCGGUGUCGCGUUACCGCUUCUCCCUCAGUGCCAGGACACAGGUGGGCUCUGGAGAAGCAGCCACGGAGGAGUCCCCAGCACCUCCAAAUGAAGCUACUCCAACUGCAGCUCCUCCCACGUUGCCCCCGACUACUGUGGGUACCACAGGCCUUGUGAGCAGUACUGAUGCUACUGCCCUUGCUGCCACCAGUGAAGCCACAACAGUUCCCAUCAUCCCAACCGCCGUACCUACCACCGUCGCCACCACCAUUGCCACAACUACUACAACCACUGCCGCUACCACCACCACCACCACUACGGAGAGUCCUCCCACUACCACUGCUGGGACUAAGAUUCACGAAACCGCCCCCGACGAGCAGUCCAUUUGGAACGUCACAGUGCUCCCCAACAGUAAAUGGGCCAACAUCACCUGGAAGCACAAUUUCAGGCCUGGAACUGACUUUGUGGUUGAGUACAUCGACAGCAACCAUACGAAAAAAACUGUCCCUGUUAAGGCCCAGGCCCAGCCUAUACAGCUGACAGACCUCUUUCCCGGGAUGACGUACACGUUGCGGGUGUAUUCCCGGGACAACGAGGGCAUCAGCAGUACCGUCAUCACCUUUAUGACCAGUACAGCUUACACCAAUAACCAGGCAGACAUCGCCACCCAGGGCUGGUUCAUCGGGCUCAUGUGUGCCAUUGCCCUUCUGGUGCUGAUCCUUCUCAUCGUCUGCUUCAUCAAGAGGAGUCGAGGUGGCAAGUACCCAGUGCGGGAAAAGAAGGACGUCCCCUUGGGUCCUGAAGACCCCAAAGAAGAAGAUGGCUCAUUUGACUACAGUGAUGAGGACAACAAGCCCCUGCAGGGCAGCCAGACAUCUCUGGAUGGCACCAUCAAGCAACAGGAGAGCGAUGACAGCCUGGUGGACUAUGGCGAAGGUGGCGAGGGCCAGUUCAAUGAAGAUGGCUCCUUUAUUGGCCAGUACACUGUCAAAAAGGACAAGGAGGAGACGGAGGGCAACGAGAGCUCAGAGGCCACGUCGCCGGUCAAUGCCAUCUAUUCCCUUGCCUGACGGAGUAUCCCAGGCACGGCACUACUUUGCAAGUAGGAGGGGAGAGGGGAGAUGAAGCAACUGCAGACCUACCAUAAAGCCACCACCACCUUCAGGGACAAGGGUACAACAUGGGGGUCUGCCAAGCUGUGAGGGCCAGUGACCACCCAGCUAUCCACAACCCCCUCCUAGUGAUGCCCCGUUACCCUUGGGUGCCAUUAGAUGGGAAAGCUAGAGCUAUGCUCAUUGCAGGGAGCCCUAGUCCCUUGCCCUGUCUCACGGCCACCCUGAGCAGCAUCCCACCACGAUGGCCACCCCGAUCUCGGCUCACGAUCAUUCAUUUCUAUUGCUUACGAUGUUUUCAUUCUCUCUGUCUCUCUCUCUCUCUCUCUCUCUCUCUCUCUCUCUCUCUCUCUCUCUCUGCUUUGUCUCUCUGCUUUGUGCAUCUUCUCCUUCCAAGUCAUUGUCUCCAUUUUCUUUUACUUUUGAAAAAGAAAAAAAAAAGUCCCUGGAAAAAGAAUAAGUGGGCUCUCCCCAAGGAAAUGAAAAAGAUGGGCAAAAAAAGGAUUGAUCCGUAACACAACAUGCAGAAAAGCUGUAGUAUUCAAGCUGCCACCAGGCCAGUGUGUUUCCGAAGGAUGCCUUUCGCCAUAUGCCUCCCUCAACCCCCACUCCCCACCCAUCUGCCUCGGCCACAUCCAUGCUGAGCUGGGCUUGGCUCUUUUCUGGAAAAUGACAGUGUUUUUUGGCAGGAAGAGGGUGCACAGGACUCCUUUCCACGCCCUGCUUCAGUUGGGAGGGGGCCUUACCUCUUGCUCCUGGUUCUUACUCCGUCCCUGCCACCAGAGAGUCUGCGGAUGAGCUGCUCGGACGAUGAGAAAGGGAGACCUACGUGGACUCUGGCGACCAGACCCGAAGCUGGAAGCAAGUCAGGGUGUGGUCCCUGGAUAACGGAGCAAACCUCCGGAGAAGAGAAAGGGCUGGGUUUGGACCUCUUUUGUCUUUGGCAGUGAAACCCAGGGUGGAGGAGAGAGGGCCACACCUGCUCACCUGGUCAGGGUCUAUGCUGCUACCCUCCAAGAGCUGGAGCCCUGAGAUUCAGGAGUGUGGCUGGUGUGUCUGGGGGUAACAGUGCUGCUCCUCCUCCCAUCCUCUCCUUGCUCAACUGUGUCUGACAUUGACUUGUGUUUGACGUGGUAUAUGAAUGGGGAUCUGCUGCCCCCAGACUGAGCCUAUCUGUCCUUUCAUUAGGGUACGCAUACAUAUCGGGGGACCGUGAGGUGCACUGUAGUAACAGUGCUGUAAUGCCUCUCCCUGCCUCGAAGGACACAAAGCUCUCGUAUGCCUUAUACAGCUCGGAUCUAACCCUGCGGUUCCCAGAUCCCUAGCCCUAUUCUGCAAGUCUUGAUGCCUCCAGUGAUGUGUGUCUCGGGACCAGGGCAGCCUAUGCAAGUGUCCCCUCCGGACCAGAAGCAGCCGCUCCACACACGCCCUUACCCCCCGCCCCCUCCGCCCUAAUGGAGACACUCGCAGGCAUGCAGUUCACAGCCUGAAGGUGCUGCCUUCAUUCCCCCACCUAAUCCACUUUUGAAACCAAAGGUACCUUGCCUCAGCGACACAAAGAGAUGGGAGAUCUCAAGCCAGAGUGUCGCCCUGUAGCUAUGUCUGCAGCCUGAGGCAGUUGUGGGAGGGCAAGGUUGACCACUUCGAAUGGAUCGCCCACCAUUGGCAUGGCCUCCAACUUGAGGUACUAGUUAGGGGCCUGGGCGGGACCAGGGCUGUGUAUUCCAGAGACUUUCCAAGAGCAUCAUUUGCCAUACGUUUAAGCCGCAGAGGUAUUAACAAUGCUCUGUCACUUGAUAAGCAUUUGGGUGAACGUCAAGCCCGUAGGCACAUACUCAUUGCAGGUAAGAAAUCAUAUCCCAGAGAUGAGCUGAUAAUGUUUGAACCUGAGAGUGUGUCAUGGUCCUUUGGACCAACCCAUGGCCAGCACUGCUUCCUGGAGGCCUGAGGGACAGCUCUCAUGGUGAAAGGGGACAGGGUAAACAGGAAGGCUAGGGGUGGGGGUGUGCUCAGAUUCCCUUCCCUGUUCUAGUCUAACACUUCUGGGACACAGCUGGGCAUUGCUGCAGUGUAGGUCACCAUUCCUGACGGGAGGGUUAGGGAAAUGCAACUGAGGUAAAGAACCAUCCUUCCCAGAAAACACUGUGGACCGGGAGGAAGUGGUGGGUUUCUCGGGCACCAUUUACAUAGCACCAUCCAGCUAGUAAAGCCAUGGCACCAACAGCAGGCAUUCAGAGGAAGGGACUCGGUUGUCCUUGUAGCUAUCCCCCUGCCACAGGCAGCCUGGAGAGGGCUCUUUGGUCUUAAGGAUCUGGGAGAGAGGUGAAUCCUUAGGCUGUCUUUGUGCCUCAUUCCGGAGUUCUGUCAUGCUCAGUACUGUCCUCUACAUAAGAAAUGAAAAGCCCAUCAGCCUGUCCCUAAGGCUGUUGUGUUGUGGGCACCGAUAGCUGUCCCAGCCACCAGCGGUCACAGCUCUCCUGGCAGGAACAGAUUCUCUGGAGAACCAGAGAAAUGGCAAGUUCCCAGACAGAGCAGCUCAGCACUGUGAGGUUUCAAGGAGGCAGCUUUUUCCAAGAAGGGGAGAGGCCACUUUUCACAGAGCCUGCUAGAGUCUACCCCCAACUCAGCAAGAGAACAGUAUUGCCACCCCAGCACCUGGAUCUUAGGCAACCACCCCAAAGUGGUGCCUAAGCCUGCUCCUGUUUCAUCUCUCAGGUGGGAGCAGGGGGACAGGGUGGGUCAUCCUGCAGUGAUUCUGAGUGCUUAUCAAAAGCUCUUUGAGCAUCUAGUCUGGGCCAAAGCUUAAGCCAUGAAUACCAUGUGAACAAGUGAGGUCAGAUGUGGUCCCUACCCACGCAGGGCUGAUGUUACUGGAAACGAGUAGGUGAGUUACUGGCACACCGUGACCAUUCCGUCAGAAGCAUUGUGUCCUGGUUUGCCUAUACUGCCAAUUGCUUCAAGUUAGAAGGGAGAGGCUUCCAAGGGAGAACUUGCUCCAUUGGGCCAGCAAGUCUGGGCAGGACAAGACGAUCAGGAUGAGUGGAUUCGGUAGGCAGCACUGUAGUGCUUUAGGGUGUCUGUCUCCCACAUUUAGCCCCUUUUUUGAAUACUCCUGUUUGGAGGAGGAUAGGUGUACCCGAUCAGGACCAGCUGUCCCCCAUCCUGCCUGGGAUAUGCUAAACAGAACACAUCAGGCUCUGCUCGUGUGUAGAUAGCUGAGUUAACACUAGAGGGAAAGCCAGGCUGGCUCCUGCCCUUGCCUAUUUCCUCCUUCCCAGAGGUCAGUGUAGGAGGGACCACCCCUCCCAACAAGGUCUGGAGUGAUUCCUGGGCCAAGAGUCAGCCAGUGACUCAGUUCACCUCACAAAAGGAAUGUUCCUGGUUUCCCAGAACACAGCAUUGAGAAGGGAGUGAAAACAUCCUCCCCAUCCCCCAUACAACUGUGUGUGUUGUACACACACACACACACACACACACACACAAGCAGACCCAACUGUAGGGAACACCCUAGAUCAUAAUCUUACAGCAUGAGCAUCCAUAUCUUGGUUCACAUGAGAUGAGCUGCUAAGGCCUGCAGGUGAGGGGACCUUGGGGAAAGAGAAGCUGUUCAGAUUGGGCCUUAUUUUUGGUUCCUGUGGACAGAAGGUAGAGAAGAAAUCUGAAGGAGAAACAGGCCUUUGAGUCUUCUGGCCCCUCCUGGGAGCCCCAGCUAAACUCAGCUGUCCUAGAGCCUCUGGAUGGGAAGCAAAGCAAGGUUUCCUUGCUGUAUAUGAGGCUGUUUCGUGGUUACGCGGAACGGAUGGAGCUUCUUGUUCCCUCCAUGGUCUAGGGCUGAGGCCCAGACUCACUUCUCAGAGGAAGGAGAGCAGGUUGCUAGAAUGCCAGCCCAGAACCCAUCCCUCAUCUGUGUCAGUUCGGAGUGGGGUGUCCUCCAACCAAGGCCAGCAGCCUUUGCCCAAUGAAAGCCCAUGGCCAGGAUUAGGUCCCAACAGCUGGGCCACAGUGCUCUCUUUCUAGUGAAGCAAAAGUCCUUACAUGUAUUUCACAUGAUAGCCUAGGAAUCCCAUGUAGGCAGUCCCCACUCCAAAACAAGAAGUCUCAAGCCAGUGACAGAAAAUGUGGAGUGUAACACCGGCAGCUUGGGCAGAGAGUCCCCAACUCGGUGGCUAAAUGCCUGAGACCAGACCCGUGGCUGUCCCUGCCCAACACAGCCUCAGCCCAGAAAGUGCCCUUGCUUUGCUUCCUCCUCUCAGAAGAGGACUCUCAGGGACACAUUCAGGAGAGGACAGAGAAGGACACAUGCCCAGGGAAGCUGCAAGACUCCCUGAGCUAUCUCCAGCCACGGCAGAAACCAAUGUUGCUCUUAUCAGCACGUUAGUAUUAAAAGGCUGUUGCCUGAGCAGAGAUGGAGAUGAAACAGACGCACGGCAUCUAGCUCAGGACAGAAUCGGAUUCCUCGUGUGAAGGAACCUCAGAGCUGAUCUGUUUAAAAUGACUCAUCACACAGACAGGGAAAUGACAGUGCGGGGAGGGAAUCUAGCCAGUGAGGGUACAUUUAGGACUUGAACUUGAGCCUUCUGGGCCUUCUGACUCCGUGUCCAGUGUUCUUUCUUCUCACCACAGCUGCCUCAGCAGGUGUUGCCUGAGAUCUGUCCUGCUUGUCACCAUGUCACCUCUCUCAGCCAUUACACUAUGUUCCCAGAACCUCCCAGCAAACAACCCAGGCUUUUCCUGAGUCCGAGAUCAGCCAGUCUGCGAUAGCCUGUGAUUAGCUCAGUCAUGGAGUCCCAGGCAGCCCGAGACUGGAAGGUAGAACAGUGAGCCCGUAGGUGUUUGUUACUGUGAAACCUGGACUGGGCCCCAGGAUGGUGUCUCUUGAUUCAUCACACGCCUGGCCUUCAGCAUACUGUAUUCCUCAGAAGGGAGGGUAAGGAGGGGUGUCUCUGUCCAUCCUGCCCUUGACCGCCAAGUCUGCAGGUAUUGAGGGGUAGCAGGGCCCAGGCAAGUCUCCCACCCUGGGAUCUGCCGAGCUGGAGUUUAGCAGAAGUAAAGACUUCUAUGAAGCAAUAAACACAAAAGUCUGGCAGAAGCUAUCCAGAGUUUUGUGCAAUCCUGUUUCUUUUUCAAAGCUGUAGCAGAUCAGGUGACCCUGACCUGCUUGCUCUUCUAUCAAAUGUGAUGUCUUCAGUCAGUGUUUGCCUCUACCCAGCUUCCCAGCUCUUUGCCAACUUCUUCUGAGCUGAGUUAUCAGUCGCCUGUGACACGCCCAUUCUCUGUCCUGGUCCCGCCCUCAACCAUAGUGGAUCCUGGAGGACCUCGUACCCCUCCCCUCCCCCACAUAUGCAUCUCUCCCUUCCGACAUGGUGUUCCCUGUGUCUCCAUGCUGCCCACAUUCCUAAGCACAUGAGUUGGUCUAAUCUUUUUUUCCAUUGGUUACCUUUAACUCUCCAUGGCAGGCUCACUUUAAUCCCUCACAUCGUGUCCUUCCCUUGUUGUGAGUUGUCAUUAACCGACAUUGUCAGCAACAGACGUGUAUCUGAGGGUGUCACGCACGACCUUCAGCAGGGACUUCUGGGCCAUGGAGGACUGUCUAAUACAUGGACUUAUAAACUGGCUGCAUGAGCAAUGAAAAGGCCAAAUUAUUCUGAUUUUUUUUUGAAUCACUGUAAAAAA